AUGACUAAAGAUGAAGACUAUCAAGUGGAACUGGAGAGAAUUAAUAGAGAACUACUAAAGGCUUACCAGAAUGAAGAGGUGUUCUGGAAGCAAAGGAGCAGACAACUAUGGCUGACCCUGGGAGAUAAAAACACUGGCUAUUUUCACGCGGCCACAAAGAGCAGGAGGGCCCUAAAUAACAUUGCUGUGAUGGAGUCAGCUGCAGGGAACCCAGUUUAUGAGGAAAAGGAGAUAGUUAAAGCAAUUAUUGAUUACUUUCAGCAGAUAUUUACCUCCCAAAAUGGCAAUGGAAGGAAUGUGGUCCAGGAGGCUCUAACUUGCUGCAUCACACAGGACAUAAAUGAAACACUGAUCAAAUUGCCAUCUACAGAGGAAAUCAAGGCAGCUUGCUUCUCUAUACACCCUGACAAAGCUCCUGGGCCGGAUGGGUUCUCAGCAAGCUUUUUCCAAUCCAACUGGAGCACAGUGGGAGAGAUUAUAUCCAAGAUACUGACCAAAAGACUCCAACCAAUCCUGGAUUUGUGUAUCUCUGAGAACCAAUCUGCAUUUGUUCCCCAAAGAGCUAUAUCAGAUAAUGUGCUUAUUACUCACGAAACCUUGCACUAUUUUAAGACAUCAAAGGCAAAAGAACGAGUGUUUAUGGCGGUUAAAACCGAUAUGAGUAAAGCCUACGACCGUUUGGAAUGA